GUUUUUUGUCAGUUACUUAGUAAACUUAUAGAUUGUCUUAUAUCCUCGCCGCCGUCGCAUAUAAUGGAUGAGUCUUCAAAGCACCAAUAUAGGGAUCCCCAAGUCGAUGAAGAGGAGGAAGAGGAGGAUCUGUCCGACCUUGACAAUGUCCUCGAAUCAUUCCAAAAUUCUCGCCCGUCUGCUUCUACCCUUCAGAGAGACGCGUCAUUACCUUCUGCAACACAACCCAGACCGUCAACUCCACCACCGGGGGAGGAUGACGAAGAUUUCGAAGCCUCUUUGAUGCAAGGAAUGGAAUCACUCUUGCGUCAACUAGCAGGUGAUCAUCCUCCGGGAGUUAUGCCUGACAUAGGAGGCGACGGUAGCUCAAAGCCGACUGAUCCUAGGAUGGGUAGUUCCGGGUCAGUAGAGCCAUCGCCACUAUCGAAAGAGGCAGAAGAAGCGGCCUGGCAAAAUGCUGUGGAUACGUUACUGUCGGGCGAAGGACUUGCUGCGUUAGGCUUGGACGAGGGCAAGUCUUCUAGGAGUAAGGAGAAAGCCUCAUCCGAACACUCAUUGAAUGGCACAGCUCCGAAACCUUCUUAUGAAGACACACUUCGUAAAACUCUUGAAUCCCUCAAGUCUGCUGGUCGAAAUAGCGGUGCCAGGUCCUCGGCGGCUAAGGACGGGCAAAACGAUAUUGCUUCGCUCUUUGCAUCGUUAGGAGGAGAUCCAGAUCUUUUGAAGGGGAUGAACCUUGGGGAGGAAGGAGGCGAAGAGGAUUUUGAGGGCAUACUAGAAGGAAUGAUGACUCAACUCAUGACUAAAGAGGUGUUGGAGGAACCCAUGAGCGAACUGGCUGUCAAGUAUCCACCAUAUCUUAAGUCUCCGCCGCCGGAUACAUCACCAGAGGACAUUGCCAAAUAUCAUCAACAAUACACAUUGGUUACCCAGAUAGUUGAAACGUUUAAAAAACCAGGUUACACUGACGAAAAAGAUGGGAAGGAUAUUGCCAGGCUUGUGUCUGAGAUGCAAGAUCUUGGGGGCCCUCCUAAAGAGGUGAUGGGAGAUUUACCCGAGGGUUUUGAUCUGGGAAUUUUAGGCAACGAGGAUGGAUGUACCAUAAUGUAACAGCGCUCUUUUAACGCAAGCGGGAAGGCAAUCCCAUAUCCAUGCACUAUGUACCAAAAUCUAUUGCACACAAUCUUUUACAA